CUUGGAACGUUUACACAGUGGAUGAAGAAACCAUGCAGGAAACCUCCUUCGACGACCUAGGCGACACCGUGUUGUAUUCGCCAACUGAGCUAAGUACGUUGGUACUUAGGAAACGUCUGUUGCCUUACGGCCUAUACAAAUUUAGGCUCAAUGUAUCCAUGGAUGGCGAGAUUGGAAUAGAGAAUGUCACCACCAUCAUGGUGCGAAUUGUGAAGUCUGAUUUAGUGGCAAAGAUUGCAGGCGGAUCAUUCGUACGCCGAAAAUGGGGUAUUAACAUCACCAUUGACGCAAUUGACGGUACCUAUGACCCGGAUGUUGGGGAGUCGGACAAAUCGAAUUUCACGUUCCGUUGGUUCUGUCGACGUCUCUGUGAAACGUGGCCCGAGUACAACGACAACUUCUCAAUGAUUUUGGCUCCGUUUACGUCGAACUGUACCUACGACACGUUGAAUGGUGCCGACGAAGGAGGUUGUUUCAAGUAUGAUGGCGUUGAGUCUGCUGGUGAAUUAAACGCAACAACUGGUGUUGAGAUAUUUGACACGACGAACUGGUACGAGUUGGACGUGGUGGAAAUGAUGGUGGUAGUGACCAAAGAUGACCGUAUGCAAGUUAUGAGACAGGCCAUCAACGUGACACUCGGAGAUCCCCCAGAGAUUGAACUUAGCUGUGUGUCAAACUGCAAAGCCAAGGUGAACCCUCUGUAUCCGUUCACUGUCAAGUCCAAAAUCUUGAAAGCUGGUCUUGCGCAGUAUUCUUAUAUCUGGGACAUCGUGAAGGCUUCUCCUGGAGUCGAUCCAUAUACUGUUCCUCCAUGGGACCCCAAUGUAUGGCAGAGGUAUGCCAAGGGAACAGGACGGGAAACGGCAGACAUUUUCCUGGACACUGGAAUCUUCACUGCGGCGGAUGUCGGCAUGCGGCUGUUCAUGCGUUGUCGGGCCUGGAGAACUGGCAGAGCGGACAAUUAUGGUAAUGGAAGUUUUCCAUGAUGUUAAUAGCUGCAAGACCAACAGUGAA